ACAUGCGGCUCAUACCAGAUCUCCAUAAGCGAGGCGCCAAGGAUCACGAGUGAACAUGGGGAUCAGGUCCAGAAAUGUUGCUAACGGUUCAGAGGAGCAGAGGGACAAAAAGACAUCAGCCCUGCCCGUGGACUUGGACCAAGAGGCUGGGGUGGACAAAGAUGGAGCUCUCUUGUUGGUGGCUCCGGGUCGGGAAGAUUUCAAAAGGAGCACACAGGGUUUUGGACUGUUGGCCAAGACACCCCUGGGGUACACGCGACCCGUUAAGCGGAAUAACAUCAGGAAGCGGAGAAUUCAAACCCUUAUUUAUGAUGCUCUGGAGAGACCGAGAGGAUGGGCGCUACUGUACCACGCGUUUGUAUUUUUGAUUGUGCUGGGAUGUUUGAUAUUGGCCAUACUAACAACUUUCAAAGAACACGAAAAGGCCUCCGGCCAUUGGCUUGUUAUAUUGGAAACAUCCACCAUAUUUGUCUUCGGAACAGAGUUUGGGUUGAGAAUAUGGUCGGCAGGCUGUUGCUCCAGAUACAAAGGAUGGAGGGGGCGGCUCAAAUUUGCCCGCAAGCCAUUAUGUAUUUUAGAUAUUUUUGUGCUGAUUGCCUCGGUUCCGGUGGUUGCUGUACGUAACCAAGGCAAUGUGCUUGCCACGUCCCUGCGCAGUCUGCGCUUCCUGCAGAUUCUGCGCAUGCUCCGCAUGGACCGCCGUGGAGGCACCUGGAAACUACUGGGCUCCGCCAUCUAUGCACACAGUAAGGAGCUGAUCACCGCUUGGUACAUUGGCUUCCUGUCCCUCAUUCUGGCCUCCUUCCUGGUGUACCUGGUGGAGAAGGAUGAUGUCACCAUGGAGGUGUCGGAUACUGAUAGCCCCACCACUAAGCCCGAACCCCAGGACUUUGACACGUAUGCCGACGCUCUGUGGUGGGGCCUGAUCACAUUGACCACCAUUGGUUAUGGGGACAAAACCCCAAAGACGUGGGCUGGGAGACUGUUAGCUGGCACUUUUGCUCUCAUUGGAGUGUCCUUCUUCGCUUUGCCUGCAGGCAUCUUGGGCUCAGGCUUAGCUUUGAAGGUCCAGGAGCAGCACAGACAGAAGCACUUUGAGAAGCGUAGGCAUCCAGCUGCUGGGCUUAUUCAGUCUGCCUGGCGAUACUAUGCCACCAAUCCAAUCAGAGAGGACCUCAUUUCUACAUGGAGAUUCUACGAAACAGUCAUCUCAUUACCCUGUUUCAGGCAAUGUUGCAUUCAUGUUGUCAACCCAACAUGGACAGUCUUUGUUCCCACAGAUGCUGGAGCCCUGCAGGACCCUGAAGAGAGGGGCUUUCCUGCAGACAUCCUCCUGGAGGAGAUGAUCCCCACGCUAAAGCUGGUCAUCAGGGCAGUCAGGAUCAUGAAGUUCCUCUUGAACAAGAAGAAGUUUAAGGAGACAUUGAGACCUUAUGAUGUCAAGGAUGUGAUCGAGCAGUACUCUGCCGGCCACCUAGACAUGCUCUGUAGAAUCAAAUACCUCCAGACAAGAAUAGACAUGAUCCUCGCCCCUGGUGCCCCUCUGACCCCGAAACAUAAGAAGAGUCAAAACAAACAGAACCCAUUUGCCUUUCCAACUCAACAGUCACCAAGGCAUGAGUCCUAUCUAGCCAAAGCAUCCAUUCCAGAUGCUGACCAAGACCAAAGCAUGAUGGGUAGAUUUGUCAGAGUGGAGAGACAGGUGGAGGACAUGGAGAAGAAGCUGGACUUUCUGGUGGACAUGCACAUCCAGCACACUGAGCACCUGCAGGUGGACUCGGCUGGCGCCGCCCACAUGACCACGGAGCCCCUUGACCAUGUGACAGGCAACACAGGCUCUGACGGCAAGGAGGGCUGUGGCUACACUGAGAUCCGCCAGGUCUUCUUCAACUACACCGAGACAUGCCCCCAAAUGUCCUACCAGGUGCCUGUGAGCAAAGUGACGCCUUACUACAGCUGCCGCAGGGAGCCCAGUGCUGCAGCUGGAGGGGCGGAAGGAGUUGGAGGACUGGGGCUGCCUGGGGGUGGCUACAUCCCCCCUGACCCAGUCCCACCUGGCCACCACCUAGCCCCGAUCCCUACCUUCACAGAGCGGCCCAACGUACUCCCCAUCAGCUCACUCCUGGACCCCCAGGUGGCUGGACGGGAUGGAGGGCAUGGGCCACAAAGUCCCUACACGGAGCACCUCACGCUGGGGCUGGGCAGGACCAUGGGGCAGAGAGCGGUGACGGACACUUCGCCGCUAUCUAUGCUUUCUGUGAACCACGAGGAGCUGGAGCGCUCACCCAGUGGGUUCAGUAUAUCGGGGGAGCGCGAGGAUAGGGAGGACCCCGCGCUGGGGACAGCAGGGGGGUCGGGAAGGUUGCAGGACAGCCGUUACCUGGCAGAGGGGGAGACAGACACCGACACGGAACCCUUCACGCCCAGCGGGGGUGGGGGGCAACUCCCCAUGUCAUCCACAGGAGAGGGCUUCCCUGAUUCUGUAUGGAACACACCGCCCUGAAUCGCUCACCAUUUUUAUUCCUUAAUCUUACACCUCCUCACCAACCCUUAUUUAGUUUGAGUCAAAUCGACAACCUUAAGCCCCUAAGCCCAUGCCUCUAAAAGCCAGUCGUCUUUGGGUUAAACGGACAUCAAUGAACUCAACGCCAUGUGCGAGUUCAAUCGGCACAUGUCAAUUAUUUUGGGUGAAAUCCAUGUCUCUACACCUAAGUCAGUUUGGAUAGACUUUAUCCCCAUAGACCCCAAUUCAAUCCAGAUUUAAUUGACACUGAAACCUGACUCAUUUUGGUUUACACCCUACACAUAUUGUGUGACCCAAUGGCCCAGAGAAAGCCACGGUCUCAAGACUGCGUACACACACAAAAGAAAAGACACCGUUUGUAUAGUUAACAGACUUUGUACAGUACAGCGCACUCAUCACAACAUACAUAAAGCUAAGAUGAAAAAGUAUAUAGCAUUAAUAUAAAUAUAUACGUCAAACCUUUAUCGCUGCAAAGCAAACCGCACUGCAUGUACCGCAUGCAUUCUUUUUGUCGUAGAGCCUGCAAUGUUCAGGUUUCAGGAAAAAGAAAACAGUUUUGAAUGGUACUUAUAAAUACUGUCAUUUUUUGUAAUACUUAUUUUUUUAUAUAAAUACAUUUAAUUUUUUUGCAUGGUUUGCAUGAUGAUGCACCAUUUACAGACAGUUGACCUGAAUAUUUUUAACAAAAGUCUCCUGUCUCAUUCUUUAGUACAGUACAUGUGUUGCUUACUAAUGUCUGUGUGAGUUGGGAAAAGAAUGACAAGCCAGAGACAAAAGACUUCUGCUUCCUUUUUGUCAAUAGACAAUAUAGGGAUGCCCCUUCUUCUUUCAUGCUGUGCAGUUUUUGAAAGGUUGUUUUAGUUCCUAUCAGAAAUACAUUCAAACAUAAAAUCAGUCAUUAAUUCACUACUAUCCUUAAAUGAGAGAGAACUCUUCCUCUUUGACACACCACAUAUUUAUUUGGCAUACAGUAGUUUUUGCAUCUUUAAAAAACGUGUAAUGACACAUUCAGGACAACUCAAGUAAGUUCUGUGAUGAGGCAUGGUAAGAACCAAUUCUUGCAUUAUAAGUUACAGAUCUGAUAAGUUACAGAUCAUUUGGCAGAUAGGCUUAAAGUGAAUUUGCACAUGCCAUGUCUAGAUUAGAAUAAACGGUUAUCUAGCAAGAUUGCAUCACAAAUUCUGAUUCCAUAAUUUAAAAAAAUCAUAAUAACAUUGUAUGUACUUAUAAACUUAUGACAAAUCACUAUAUAAAUAGUACAAUAUCUGAAAACAGCUAGAAUAAUACCAUAAAUAUAUAAUCUACAUAGUAUGUAAAAUGAGAAAACAGUGACAAUAUCAUUACAUUUUCACAGAAUGUAAUGAAAAGUGUAGCAUGAUGUAGGUCAACUUUAACGAUAAGUGAAACAAUUGUGUAAUGUCUUAUUAUAUUACUGAGAGCAGAUUGGCAAAUAAAUCACAGUGAUGUGAAUCACUUGAAGAAAUAUGAACAAAAGUGAAAAAAAUGUCCCCCUCACAAAUGUAACAUUGAAGUUUUUAGUGUUUUUCCAAAAUGGUUUAUUUUCUUUUUGGUUAAAAAUGGAAAAUGUAGUUUAUUUGUAGAUGUUAAUCCAGUGGGUAAAACUGUUUGCAAUUACGUCAUUAUGCUGUCUUUUAUGACGCCCUAGUCCGAGGAAGUUUUGCUAACGUCUUUUUAACAACCAGAGAAGUGUAAUCUGGCCAGAUAACAAAAAUGUAUUGGAAUGAAACAAAAUGGCAUUAUCUGGUUGUAAUCUAGUUAUAUGACAUCUUCUCGACCAGACAUACAGCAUCCAGACAGUCUUUAAGACUUGCCAAAUUUUAGACUCAAAUGUUUAUUUAUCUACAUGUUUAUAUUUUACAAUACAGAUUGAAUUGAUAGAACAGAUUAAAGACAUAAAUACAAAAUUAAAAUAAUUGUUCAUUUUAAACAAUGUUUUAAGUGAGAAGUAGACAUUGGUCUGACGCCGAAAAAGAAAGGAAAUUCACAUGACCACCACAAUGCCUACUCCAUCCAUGCUCUACCAAGGUUUUUCAGCUAACAGCUUUGACCUACUACAGUAGCUAUGUUGGUCUAUUGUACUUCAAACAAUGUGCAUGCAGUUUGCUUAGGAUUCAAACCUUCUCAAACAGCCUACUGUAAUUCAUAGUCUUAUAAUUGGUGCUCCCACUAUAAGGUGAUUUGUACCACAUUCAACUUAAAAUAUUGGCAGUGCUAUUGUAACCUUUAAUUUGGCCUCUGCCAAAAGAUCAGCCUUUAUGCCACAGGUGAUGUGCUUGCAUAACUGCAAGGGUUGCUGGUUUAAAUCCUGUUCUGCUGCCUGUAGCCCUUUAACACCCUAAGGUCGAUGUCUGCGCCCCUGCGGAAAUCUAAUUAGUGUUAAUAAAAUCCACAUAGAAAUCUGUCCAGUUUGAGCUGGAUAUAUCUAUGUAACACUUCCACAUUUGUGGUGAAAGGUGACAGAGCAGUGUUUGUCAGACCAUGAAACAUUUCUGUUGUUGUUUUGCUCUAGGACGCCCACAGGCCUCACAAGACUCGUCUGAAGGUCCCCUGGUACCAGUUGAAAAAAUAAAUGGAAGUAUAUAUGGAGACUGUUUAGUGACAAAAAUAAGGGGUUAAAUACAUGUAAAAAAAAAAAAAAAAAAAAAAAUCUGAUCUUUCUUAUAUGUGACCGACUGGCUCAAAUCGGUCUUAAUUAGCAACAUUUGAAAUUGUUGUUUUUUUUACAUUGGAGAAGAGUAAAGACUACAACAUGGUAUAUCAUACACUCCAUUUUUGAGGAACAAUGGGAAAGUAAUUAUGCUUUGAAAGUUGAUAAACUUGUAAACUCACUUUUGAGAAAAUGGCCUUUGAAUGUUUUGGUACCUAGAGUGAAGAGCUAAUCUUUGUCUACACCCAUUCAGCAUUGUUCACACCCUCUUAAGCUUUAGCCCCACCCAUCUCGUUUCGCUCUCUUAAGUGCACACUUGACGCUCUGGCCAAUGAUUUGUUUACCUCUGGAUAACAUGAAAACAGCCUAACCAGCACUGCUGGCAACAAUUUCAUUACACUUUUUUUGCUGACGUUUACUGACACCGGCUAUACUCAAUUGGUGUUGUGCGUUCGUAAAUUCAUCGGUUAUUCGGCGCUCUGGCGUACUCAGACUGAAUUUACGAACGUUUGCUAGUUAAACACAAUAAACAUAGUGCCAAAUCAUGUCGUUACUACCCUGCAUGAAACAGCUGGGACCUAACCAACCAGGUUCGAUGUUAGCUAGCUAACAUUAGGCUCUAACUAACCAAGCAAACGGCUCUGGGAUACGAAUAAUAACAUCGUACAUGUAACUUUAGCUAGGGAGCCAGCCAGCUAAAGUUAGCUAGCUAGCUAACAGUACACUUUAGCUUAAGACAUAUAGUUAGCUAGCUAGGUAAACAAUGAACCUAGCUAGGCAAACAACAUGUAAGAUCAUACACAUCACGUAACGUUAGCUAGCGAGCCAGCAAGCUAACGUAAGCUAAGUAAACAACAGUUAACAUAAGGCCAGCUCAUGACGUUACUACGCCUCGCCUUGCUGGUAGUGGUAACUAACCAACCAGAUUCAAUGUAAGCUAGCUAACAUCAGGAUCUAACUAUCCAAGCAAACAGCUAUGGGAUACGAAUAAUAACAUCAUACACGUAACAUUAGCUAGGGAGCCAGCCAGCUAACAUCAGCUAACAGUACACUUUAGCUUGAAAUUAAACCACUUCCUGUCAACAUUUGAAACGUGUAAUAUCUGAAAAUACAGCUAGCUAGACUAUCUUACAUCAUCAGGCAUGAUGGUGUCUCCCUGUCACGGAUGCCAUCCCACGGUUGCCCUUAGUUUGAAGAUGUAAUCCGGAGACGGGUGUUUUCUCCAUCUCUUUAGCUAUCAUACUGUAAUUCCACUGAUUUCAAAACUCGAUCCUCCAGAAAGUGGAGAUCAACACUUAUGCAGCUCCACUACACGAUACAUUUUUUUUAAAGCAGAGUUUGACAGGAUUACCAGCACAGACUGACCAGCUCAAUAGACAGAAGCCCUCUAUAUGUCAGACCAAUCUGAACUCCUCUCUCGGCAUGUCCAGCCCAUUCAUUAUCUCAGCCAAUCAUGGCUAGCAGGAAGGUUGCUGUUUUUUUCUGUGGCUUAACCAACCAGGCUCAUAAUUUAACAAUCGUAUUUGUAUUUACAGAUGGCAUACAAGUUUGUUGUUAAGGCACAUGAAAGUUCACGUUUCAGAAGGCAUUUUGAUUUAAAAAAAGUUUACAUUCAAAUGGCUCUCCUGUGAAGUAGUGACCCGCGACAUACACCUAGUUUCCUGAAACGAGUCACAUAUCUCUCAGAUAUGAUAGACACUACACUUGUUUUUUGGGACUCUGUUGUUCCAUACAGUUUGUGUUAUUCAAUGCGUUCG